AGCCUGGCCAUCUUGAUAAGUACUAUUUCGCUAUUCUAUUUAUUAAUGAGAGUCGGUCACGAUCUUUCGGAGCCUAACUUAAUAUAUCAGCCGGCUGUAAUUUCCUCUCCCUCAACUACUUACAAAUCCUUUCAUAAUCAUUGUAUCAUUUUUUAUUCGUUUUUAUUUUUUAAUUAUGGAUUGUGAUAAAGGGACAUAAUCUAACUGUUAUAAUUUUUAUUUGGCAUUAUACUAGUUAGCUAUGUUGGGUAUCCCCUAGAAGAAAGUCUAUAUCUUAGAACAAAUAAUUGAAUUCUAAGAACUAGCUCAGUCAAUCUGCAGGCUCUGGAAUCUUGUCAAAGGAAUAAAUAUUUUAUCAAAUGGUUGGAACUAGCUUAUUCAAUUUGCAGGCCAUGGAAUCUUCAGAAAUGAAUAUAUACUGGUGCAUUACAGCUCCAAGGAACUCCACCAACAUGGAAAUCUUAUUCAUUGUACUCCUACUCCCCUUUCUCUUCAUUCUCAUCAAACAAUUUACAGUAUCCAAGCAUGAAGGGAGCAUAAAACUCCCUCCAGGCCCAUGGAAGCUUCCGAUUAUUGGAAAUAUACACCAGCUAUGCAGCGGACAUGAUCUGCCUCACAAAUUGCUCCAUAAUCUAGCAACCAAACAUGGCCCUCAUCUCAUGUAUCUAAAACUCGGACAACUGGACCACAUCAUCGUUUCUUCUCCUGAAGCUGCCAAAGAGAUCUUUAAGAAUCAUGAUACUAAUUUCUCCUCCCGACCCUCUCUUAUCGCCUCAAAAAUCAUAUGCUACAAUAACACAGAUAUUGCUUUCUCUCCCUAUGGUAGCUACUGGCGACAGCUUCGCAAGAUAUGUGUUCUUGAACUGUUAAGUUCUCGACAAGUGAAGGCAUCUUGUUUAAUAAGAGAACAAGAGGCUUUCAAUUUAGUUAAGGCAAUCUCUGCAGUGAAAAACUCGACAGUUAACCUCACUGAGAGGUUUGGCUCCUUAACAAACACGAUCACAUCAAGAACUGCAAUUGGUUCAAAGUGUGAACAUGGAGAAAGAUUCAUAUCUGCAUCGAGAAAAGCGGAUGAUUCAUCCCCUGGGUUUAAUAUUGCAGAUUUCUAUCCAUCGUUGGGAUUUGUGAGUGAACUUACUGGAGUAAGUUCGAAGUUGAGAAAGUGUCAUGAGGAGAUGGAUGAGAUUCUUGAUGACAUAAUUGAGGAGCAUUGUGUUAAGAGAAGAGAUACAGUUAGUAGCGAAGGAGAGGAAAAGGUUGAAGAGGAUUUGGUGGAUAUUUUGUUGUCAAUUCAGGAGAAUGGCGAUUUGGAGUUUCCUCUCACGAGGACCAACAUCAAGGCUGUAAUCCACGACAUGUUUUCUGGAGGAACUUUAACAACAUCCACAACCUUAGAUUGGACGAUGUCAGAGCUAAUGAGACACCCAGAAGUAAUGAAGAAAGUACAAUCAGAAGUACGACGAGUUCUAAAGGGCAAAAAGAAGAUCGAAGAAGAAGACAUAAAACCCUUGUAUUACAUGAAACUAGUCAUCAAAGAGACUCUAAGGCUUCACCCUCCACUUCCUUUGCUUCUGCCAAGAAUGUGCACCAAAUCCUGCACAGUACUAGGAUACAAAAUCCCUGAAGGCAGCAGAGUGCUAUUUAAUGCAUGGGCGAUAGGAAGAGAUUCUAGGUAUUGGGAUGAUAGUGAACAAUUUAAACCGGAGAGAUUUGAUGGAGAUUCUGUUGAUUAUAUUGGUAGUAACUUUGAUUAUGUGCCCUUUGGUGGUGGAAGAAGAAUUUGUCCUGGGACGACUUUUGCAAUGGCAACUGUUGAGCUUGUGCUUGCAUUUCUACUGUUUUACUUUGAUUGGGAGCUUCCUGAUGGAAUGAAGCCUGAAGAUCUUGAUAUGAUCGAGUCGUUAGGGAUGGCAACAGCGAGGAAGUUUGAUCUGUGCUUGAUUGCCAAACCUCAAAUGUUAUCAUGAUUUUAAUCAAGACUUUUGUUUGCAGAACAAGGAAUGUUGCAGUUGUUGAAUUGUAGUGUAGAAUGAUUGUUGAGAUUGUCAUAACCAGUGUUAUCAAUGUGCAAGAUGC